AUGACCUGUAACAUGAGAAAGCUUCAGCCAAGGAAACUCUCACAAACAUGUGGAAGUCAAAAUCUCAUUGCUCAGGAGGAAGCAAACUUUAUCCUUUUGAAAUUGACAAUGCCCUCUCUAUCAAGUGCCAACUUGAGCUUCUCUACAUUCCUGCUGACGGGCUUCCCAGGCCUCGAGUGGGCUCACCAGUGGAUCUCACUGCCCAUUUUUGUAGGAUACCUUGUGGCCCUUGUGGGUAAUGCCACCAUCUUGCAUCUGGUAUGAACCGACUGUUCCCUCCACCAGCCCAUGUACUACCUCCUGGCCAUCCUGGCUGUGACGGACUUGGGCUUGUGUAUGUCCAUGCUGCCCUCUGUGUUGGGCGUGCUGUGGUUUGAUGCUCGCACAGUGAGCUUGGUGCCCUGUGUUCUGCAGCAGCAUUUCCUCCACUCUUUCUCCUUCAUGGAGUCAGCCGUACUCUUUGCUAUGGCUCUGGACUGCCUAGUGGCCAUCCGAUUCCCACUGCGCUAUGCGUCUGUGCUCACAGGUCCCCGUAUGGCAUUGGUUGGGGCUGUGCUGAGUGUGCGAACUGCCGCCAUCACUGCUGCACCUUCAUUGCACCUGUUAACAUUUAACUACUGUCGCCCUGGGGCACUCUCCCAUGCUUACUGUCUUCACCAAGACAUGAUCUGCCUGGCCUGCUCUGACACACAUUUUAAGAGACUCUAUGGGCUGUGCAUCAUUAUGCUGGCCAUGGGCGGUGAUGUUCUUUUCAUCCUGCUCUCUUACACUGUCAUCCUCCGCACGGUGCUGGCCAUUGCCUCUGCAGGGGAGCGGCUGAAGGCCCUCAAUGCUUGUGUCUCCCACAUCCUGGCCGUGCUCUGCUUCUAUGUGCCUGCACUAGGCUUGUCCAUUGUCCACAGGUUUGGACACCAUACCUCGCCCUUGGUGCACAUCCUCAUGGGCACUGUCUCUGUGCUCCUUCCACCCUGGAUGAACCCUGUUAUCUACAGCAUCAAGACCCAGCAGAUUCGCAGGGCCAUUCUCAAGGUGAUUUCGCUGGGGAAGAUAAAAUGA